UGACACGUACGAAAAUCAUAGUGGAGGGAGGAUUCUUGACGUGUAGACAUGGCUAAGCUUCAACGGAAACGCGGACAAUUGACAUGUUUAUUACUCAUUUAUUUGACCGGGUUGCACGGAGAAGUAGCGGAGAGUGAGAAACUCAUGAUCAAGGAAGAAGAGGAUGAUAAACCGCUCUUUCUGACACCGCUUAUCACAGCCGGUAAAACUGAAGAAGCCCGUAGAAGAAGCAGGGUCGGAUUUUCUGUGGAAUCGUAUUCUGGAUUGAUUACUGUUGACCAAGACAAGGGAAGCAACCUCUUCUUCUUCCUAGUCAAGUCAAAGGGAAGAACAUUGAAGGCUCCCCUCAUCCUCUGGUUGCAAGGUGGACCGGGACAAUCGUCACUCUUCACGGAAUUUGUAGAGAACGGCCCCAUCGGCAUAGAUGGCAAUGGAAAUCUGUAUGAAAGGAACAUCACCAUUCAAGAGCACUACGACAUUUUAUACCUCGACCAACCUGUGGGAGCAGGAUACAGCUUCACCAGGAACCUUACCCACGGUUUUGCACAAAGUCUCGAAGACAUGGCGUCCGACAUGGAAAUCUUCCUCCAGCAGUUCCUCUUCUUGUUUAAGGAGUACAAGAAAAGAGACUUCUAUAUUUCUGGGGAAUCAUAUGGAGUGAGACCUGCUGCGUCCCUCGCUGUCCACAUGCACGACUUGGCAAGAAGAUCCACCCCUAUUGGACUGAAUCUCAAAGGAGUCAUACUUGGCGUCGGUCUGUUUCUUGACGUACAAACACAACUGGACAUAUCGGACUACUACCUUAAGCUCGGACUCGUUUAUGUACGAGGCCGCUAUCUUCUAGAUAAACGCCUGACAGCCAUCAGAACGGCGCUCUCCAGACCAACGUCAAUAAUGAAGGGCCUCCAGCUGUACUUCAACACAUUCCGUACAUCGGAAGAAUCUUCGCGCCCCAGCCUCUUUUUCCAACUCACAGGCUAUCUUUACAACGCUAACGCUUUGAAUCCAUAUCUUCCUUCCGAAUUUCCUCACUUUGAGCGCCUUAUGAAGAACGAUACUUUCAAAGCAUUAGUCCAUGUUGGAGCUAAUGCUGCGUUUCGUGUAAGUGAUGCGCUCAUCUUGCGAAACUUAGUAUCCGAUCUUUUCCGGAAUGUAUCCGAAGAAGUCGAGUUUCUACUUGCACACAACUACAGCGCUCUUGUGUACGCGGGGCAGGUUGAUUUGACGUUUCCUGUUGAAAAAAUUGAGACAUUCCUGCUGGGCUUGAAAUGGCCAGGGGCAGAGGAGUUUCGCAAGCAGGUACAUCAGCCCUGGUGGGGAGACAUGGGACAACGGAACUUUGCAGGUUAUGUAAAAUGUUAUCAGAAUUUCAUGUUUGUGACGUUGAGAAGCAGCGGCCACUACGUGUUCCUGGAUCAACCAAAGGAUGCUCAUGAAAUGGUGCGCGCGUUUAUUGAGGGAAGGUGUCCUCCUAGAAAGGGGCCGAUCCAAAAUCUGGUAUAGAAAUGAGGCCACGUUGAGGUGUUAGUCGACGAAGGAGCAGUGUGUAUUGAGUGACGCAAUAAAACAGUGGCAUGUGAACGGGA